CAUGUCGUAAACUGUCGCUGCGACCCGGAACACGGCAGCCGUCGGCGCACAUGUGGCGGAAGUGAACGCAGCUCUGUACGGUUUACAGUAAAUAACUUGACUAGUGGUGUUUAGUUGGUUAAUAAAUGUGCGACGCGAUGGCGUUGUUACAGAACAAGCUCGACAUGGACGCAGAAGAGGAGCAGAGAGGACAGAAGAGGAAAAUAUCUCUGUCGAGCUGUGACGUUUGUGACGUCCAGGAGGCCAAAUACUGCUGUCCCGGCUGUCUGAAGUGCUCCUGCAGGUCACGACCCCUAACACAACGUCCCAGCGAACACACCACUGACCCAUCAGCAUUUCUUCUGUCGUGUGUGAAGCAGCACAAGCUCCAGUCGGGGUGCAGCGGCGUCCGGGACCGCACCGCCUUCAUCCCUCUGUCUCGCUUCGGCGACCUCCACAUGCUCAGUGAUUACAGGUUUCUGGAGGAGACGGGACGCGUUGCUGAAAGACCCAACAGGGACACAAUGCUACACACUCGAACACGCCACAGUUAUGGUGCGAUGUUGUUGUUGAGGAACGCGAAGGCAGCGAAGGUGAAUCUGAAGAUCCUGCCGAAGUCCUUCAGUCGGCGCAGAGAGAACACGUCCAUCUACAACAAACAGGAGAGGAAGCUGUACUGGCAGCUGAAGCUGGUCUUCCCUCAGAGCAAUGCGGAGUACACCACCAGAGUUCCAGAAGACCGAGUUCUGGGGACGAUCCUGAGCGACUACAUCCACCCGACUGAAUCGGAUCCGGUCAAAAGGCAGAACUUGAAGACGUACGUCGUCUCUCCGCUCGAUCAGAUCGCCGUGUUUAUGAAGUCGGAACAGAGGCAACCAAACUCUCUGAAGUACCAUGAGCUGGACAUGAAGAAAAGCCUCAGAGAGAACCUGAUGUUCAAGACGGUGGUGGAGUUCCCUGAGCUCUACGUGGCUGUUAAAGAACAUCGUGAGGAAUAUCGCACUCGUGUCCCAGACGGAAGAAUCGACUCGUCUCGGCCUCCUGCCUCGUCAGAAGCUCGGGGAGCUCCAGAAAGCCACAAACACACCACUGAAACAGAAAAGGAAACAACGGCACAAUCGGAGCUGGAGGAAGGUGAGGUCCAGAGCGAGGAUGAGGAGGAUAACGGUGUGAAGGAGGAGGAUGCCGAAGGUCAUCUUGGAGACCUCGAUGAUCCUGCUGUCCGGAAUGUGGCGCCUUCUGUUUCGCCUUGAGGCGAAAUAAUGACUUUUAUUAUAGAAGCAGCUUGCAACUCCUCUGAUGUUAAAGCUGGAAGAUGAAGAUAUACGUGUCCCUGUGUACAAGCUGUUACUAUGGAAACGAUACCAGAUUAGGUGUGGUAUGGAAGAGAAUGUUUUAAGAGAAUGUUGUAGAAGCUUGUAAAAGAUGUUUGUAAGAAAUAAACGAUUGUUUUAAUAAAAA